CUAUAGGCUCUGUCUGUAGUAGGCCACAGCCGCAGCACAGUAGCGUUCAUUUCGAUGCAGGAUUCUUCCACACGACAAAUUACCGAAGAUCGAGCACCCGAUCGACGCGGUUUGCCAUAUACAUAAUCAAAUCUGCGAACAGGAGAAGAAGAGAAGAAAUCGCGAAGAUGGAGAAGAAUUUCGGGAGAAGAUUUGAGGGUAAGGUUGCGAUUAUCUCGGCUUCUACUCAGGGGAUCGGUUUCGGCAUAGCUGAGCGUCUCGGCUUGGAAGGCGCCGCCGUCGUCAUCUCCUCUCGCCGUCAAAGAAAUGUUGAUGAAGCAGUGAAUAAGCUUAAGAAAAGAGGAAUUGAAGCGCUGGGAUUGGUAUGCCAUGUUUCGAAUGCACAGCAUAGAAAAGAUUUGAUUAAGAACACUAUUGAGAAAUAUGGAAAAAUAGAUGUGGUUGUGUUGAAUGCAGCAGCAAAUCCGUCUGUUGAAGGCAUCUUGGAAACUAAAGAAUCAAUUCUUGACAAACUGUGGGAGAUCAAUGUGAAAACAUCCAUUCUACUUCUACAAGAAGCAGCUCCCCAUUUAACAAAGAACUCUUCAGUCAUUUUUGUGUCUUCCAUAACCGGCUACCAUCCGGGACGAGGCUUGGCAAUGUAUGGCGUUACGAAAACUGCCCUUUUGGGGCUAACAAAGGCCCUUGCAGAUGAAAUGGCACCGGACACUCGUGUAAACUGCAUUGCUCCCGGUUUUGUUCCAACUCACUUUGCAUCCUAUCUUAUAAAUGAUGAUGAACAGAAGCGCGCAAUUGAGGAAAAGACACUAUUGAAUAGACUCGGAACUACACAGGACAUGGCUGCAGCUGUUGCUUAUUUGGCUUCGGACGACGCAUCGUAUGUCACCGGAGAAACAUUGGUAAUUGCAGGAGGUAUGCCUUCCAAACUCUAAUUAUUGUGUUCGAUCAUAAUAUUAUAAUGCAAUUGUUGUCUUUGUGCAAGGAUUGCUUGUUAGAACAUGAUAUUAUAUAUAAUAUUGAGAUGGUAAUAAAAGAUGGCAUACAUUCCCCAA